GCAUCACAGGAAGUAGCUGGAGAUUUCAAGGUGGACCGCAUUCUGGAUGGUCACAUUCCUCGGCUGAGAGACGCGGUGAUCCAGGUCAAAGGUUAUUGGUCGCUUUCGGUUCCCCUGCCCCUGCCGUCCAGCUGUUUGAGCCAUGGGGAAGGACGGUGACACCGCUUCCACGGGCUCCAUGCGCCUAAAGCAGGAGAUCUCCCUCCUCCACGGGGUGUGCCUGAUCGUGGGCAACAUGAUUGGCUCGGGCAUCUUCGUCUCGCCCAAGGGCGUGCUCCUCCACACGGGCUCCUUCGGCCUCUCGCUGGUGGUGUGGGCCAUCGGCGGCGUCUUCUCCGUCUUCGGGGCGCUCUGCUACGCCGAGCUGGGCACCACCAUCCGCAAGUCGGGCGCCAGCUACGCCUACAUCCUGGAGUCCUUCGGCGGCUUCCUGGCCUUCAUCCGCCUGUGGACGUCGCUCAUGAUCGUGGAGCCGGCCUGCCAGGCGGUCAUCGCCCUCACCUUCUCCAACUACCUGGUCCAGCCCUUCUACCCCUCCUGCUCCGCCCCCUAUGACGCCGUGCGCCUCAUAGCCGCCGUCAUCAUAGGCCUCCUGACCUUUGUGAACUGCAUGAAGGUGAAGUGGGGUGCGAUCCUGCAGGUCGUCUCCACAGUGGCCAAAGUGCUAGCACUCAUUGUCAUCAUCGUGGCCGGCCUGGUGAAGCUCGGGCAAGGGCAUACGGGGAACUUUGACGACUCCUUCAAGGACUCCAAGCUGAACCCCGGGGACACUGCCUUGGCCCUGUACUCUGCCCUGUACUCCUACUCGGGCUGGGACACCCUCAACUUCAUCACCGAGGAGAUCAAAAACCCAGAAAGGAACCUCCCAUUGUCGAUAGCAAUAUCCAUGCCCAUCGUCACGGUGAUCUACAUCCUCACCAACGUGGCCUAUUAUGCAGUCAUGGACCUGGACACGGUGUUGUCCAGCGAAGCAGUUGCCGUGACGUUUGCAGAUCAGGUGCUGGGGUACGCUCGCUGGCUGAUCCCCCUCUCCGUCGCCAUUUCCUGCUACGGGGGCCUGAACUCCUCCAUCAUCGCCGCGUCCAGGCUGUUCUUUGUGGGGUCUCGGGAGGGCCACCUGCCCAACGUCCUCUGCAUGAUUCACAUCAAGCGCUACACGCCCAUCCCAGCCCUGCUCUUUAAUGGAGGAAUGUCGCUGUUCUUCCUGUUCGUGAAAGACGUGUUCCAGCUCAUUAACUACUUCAGCUUCAACUAUUGGCUGUUCAUCGGCCUCUCCAUAGGGAGCCAGAUCUACCUGCGCAUCAAACGUCCGGACAUCCCCCGCCCGGUCAAGCUGAGUCUGUUCUUCCCGAUAGUGUAUUGUCUAUGCAGUGUCUUCCUGGUGGUGGUUCCGCUCUACAGUGACACCAUAAACUCCCUGGUGGGCAUCGGCGUGGCACUGUCUGGGGCCCCCGUCUACUUCAUCUGCGUGUACCUGCCCCCCAGCUCCCGCCCUGGCUUCCUGGGGGAUAUUCUAAGGUUCAUCUCGACCAACACGCAGAAGCUGUGCAUGUGCUGCGUGGCCGAGCCGGGCCUGGACCUGGACAACCCGCCAGAGAACAAGGAGGCGUGA